AUUUCUUUUCUCCCUCCAUCUAUUUCUACUUCCCCCUUCCCUUCCUCUCCCCCUUCCUUCCUCCUCAUCCUUCCCAUCCUCCCUCUUGGAUCCUCAAUAGACCUUCGUCCCGGUCGACUUGGGUACAGUCUAGCACAUGGCCACUCGACGCUCAAGUCGAAUAUUGAAGCCGCUGCUUUACACCACCGGUGUCGGUCUCGCCGGUGGUGCAGCGCUCUACACAGUCUACCGCCCCCGUCACGUCCCAGGCCAGGAAGCAGCCGCUGUUCCUCCUCCCACCUAUGGCGAGGGCGGCGUUUUUCGGCCACCUCAGUUCCCCCAGAACAAGACGAGAGAUGAGCAGAUCGCGGACCUGAAGCGCAGCGCCGGCGUCAUAACUGAUGGUGCAAAGAGCGGUUCGAAAUGGAUCGGAGGAGGCUCUUCUGCCGAGCAGAAGGGUGAAGAGGAACCAUACGAUCUGUUGAUCAUCGGCGCUGGUGCUACGGGUUCCGGUAUCGCUCUCGACGCAGCAACUCGUGGAUUGAAGGUUGCCCUGGUCGAGCGGGAUGAUUUCAGCAGCGGUACCAGUAGCAAGAGUACCAAGUUGGUCCACGGUGGUGUAAGAUACCUCGAGAAGGCAUUUUGGAACUUGGACUACAACCAAUAUUCUCUGGUCGUAGAGGCCCUCCGCGAACGUCGUUACUUUUUGGAUACCGCUCCCCAUCUGUCGUCAUGGCUCCCGAUUAUGAUUCCCAUUUCCAAGUGGUGGCAGGCUCCCUACUUCUGGGCUGGUACAAAGAUGUAUGAUUUCUUGGCUGGAUCGGAAAACAUCGAGAGCUCUUACUUCUUGACAAAGAGUAAGGCUAUCGACGCAUUCCCAAUGUUGAAGAAGGAUGAUCUUUUCGGUGCUUUGGUCUAUUACGAUGGUGCUCACAACGAUUCUCGCAUGAACGUAUCUCUAGCAAUGACGGCUGCAUUGUAUGGCGCAACGGUUGUUAGUCAUUUGGAAGUCACCGCUCUGGAGAAAGACGCUUCUGGCCAACUCAAUGGCGCUCGCGUCAGAGACUGCAUCACGGAACUCAAUGGCAAGAAAUCCGAGGAAUUUACUAUCAAAGCUAAAGGAAUUAUCAAUGCGACGGGACCCUUCACGGACUCAAUCCGAAAGAUGGAUGACUCCACUGUCGAGGAGAUUGUGGCGCCCGCCUCCGGAGUGCACAUCAUCCUGCCUGGUUAUUUUGCGCCUUCAAACAUGGGUCUCAUUGAUCCCUCUACCUCUGAUGGACGUGUUAUCUUCUUCCUCCCAUGGCAGGGUAACACGAUUGCUGGAACCACCGACACCGCAACCGAAAUCACACAGAACCCUGUUGCAGGCGAGGAUGAGAUCGAGUGGAUCUUGAAAGAGGUCCGCAGGUAUUUGCAACCCGAUAUCAGCGUCAGGCGUGGCGAUGUCCUUGCAGCUUGGUCAGGUAUUCGACCUUUGGUACGUGAUCCCAAGGCAAGCAAGACGGAAGGACUCGUUAGGAACCACCUCGUCACCAGCUCGCCUUCUGGACUUUUGACCUGCUCCGGAGGCAAAUGGACUACCUACCGCCAGAUGGCCGAGGAGACUGUCGACGAGGCUAUCAAGGAAUUCGGACUUACAUCUAAACCUGUCGUCAACGCGCCCCGUGUCAGUGGAACCGAGGUCUCUGACGAAGCGCCUCUUGAUGGUACUUGCCAAACCCACCGCGUCCGACUGAUUGGUGCCCACGGCUACUCCAAAACCCUCUUCAUCAACCUCAUUCAGCACUACGGCAUUGAGACGGAGAUUGCGAAAUACUUGACCCAGGCUUAUGGUGACCGCGCUUGGACCGUGGUCGCACUUUCUGCGCCAACAGGAGAGCGUUUCCCAGUCCGUGGCAAGCGAAUCUCGUCCUUGUACCCCUUCAUUGACGGAGAAGUCCGUUACUGCGUCAGGCACGAGUACGCCCAGACUGCCGCGGACGUCAUCGCCCGCCGAAUGCGUCUCGCUUUCCUAAAUGCUCAGGCCGCGCUCGAGGCGCUGCCCACGGUCAUCGAUCUCAUGAGCGAGGAACUCCACUGGGACUCCGCACGUAAGGAGAAGGAAUGGAAAAACACAGUUACCUACCUCGGCAGUAUGGGUCUGCCUAAGAGCAAGUUGGGUCUGACACGCAAGGAGGUCGAAAGUGGAAAAGUCGGCAAGUACGCCGAUGAAGAGUACCAGCUGUACGCCCGACACGGUAUGUUCCUGGGAAUUUUCUCCACAGUCUCAGAUUGGUAGCAUUUGAUAUACUAACAUCGACAUUGUAGAUAAACCCGACGAGACUCUUCAAUCGGAUUCUAAGUACCCCGCGGGCCACAACCCCGUCGUUGGACGAGAGUCUCCCGUGAACAAAUAAACACGAGCCGUAAAACGAGCUCCCGUAACACAUUACCCCUUAGAUGUGUAUGCCACAUGCACAGCAUAGAGAAGAGAAUCCGUUGGUCACUGCCAUACCUCUCGAAAGAAGGAAAGAAGGGAUCUACCGAACAUCUACCGCGGGUGGAUAUUUACGCAAAGUGUUGUUAUUUUUUAAUACCAUUUAUUCAAUGCACUUAGUGUAGACAAAAUGUACACACAUUUCUCUGUAAAGAAAAAUACAACAUCCCCGAGUCCUUGGAUGCAUGGAUAGAAACCAUCAUCACAAGAGCCGGCCUCCACCACGUUUUCUCUGACUGCAUUACAUUACAUGUCGUGAAGG